GGCGGAGCCGGCGGGCGGCGGAAGCCGAGGUAAAGGGGGCGCCCAGCCGGGUGGAGAGCGGGGCGGGUCACUGGCUCCGCUGGGCCGCCCGGCCUCUGCUCGCAUCUCCGGAUCCCGGCGGCGACUGCGGCUUCCUUCUUGACCGGCUUCCCUGCUAGGCAGGAUCUUCUGCUGUGAAGACAUUAACCCAAAUGCCAGCAAAUCUGACCCAUGACGCCUGGAAGGAGACAACCGUUAGGUUGUGAAGGUAUUGUCCAGCUCGGUUUCCCCCUGGUCCCUGGAAUCUGAGGUGGAGCAGGGGUGGACUUAGCCCGCUUCUGCAGACCCAUGGCACACCGGCUACAGAUACGGCUGCUAACCUGGGACGUGAAGGACACGCUGCUCAGGCUCCGCCACCCUGUUGGGGAGGAAUAUGCCUCUAAGGCCCGGGCCCACGGGCUGGAAGUGGAGGCCUUGGCCCUGGGACAAGCCUUCGGGCAGGCAUACAGGGCUCAGAGCCACAGCUUCCCCAACUAUGGCCUGAGCCAUGGCCUCACCUCCCGCCAGUGGUGGCUGGAUGUGGUCCUGCAGACUUUCCACUGCGGUAUUCGGGAUGCUCAGGCUGUGGCCCCUGUCGCUGACCAGCUAUACAAGGACUUCAGCAGCCCCUGCACCUGGCAGCUGUUGGAGGGGGCUGAGGCCACCCUGAGUGGGUGCCGAGAACGAGGUUUGAGGCUGGCAGUGGUCUCCAACUUUGACCGGCGACUAGAGGACAUCCUGGUGGGUGUUGGCCUGCGACAACACUUCGACUUUGUGCUGACCUCUGAGGCUGCUGGCUGGCCCAAGCCAGACCCCCGCAUUUUCCAUGAGGCUUUGCGGCUCGCUCAUGUAGAACCAGCACUGGCAGCCCAUAUUGGGGACAGUUACCACUGUGAUUACAAGGGGGCACAGGCUGUAGGCAUGCACAGCUUCCUGGUGGUUGGUCCGGGACCUUUGGACCCUGCAGUCAAGGAUUCUGUACCCCAAGAACAUAUCCUCCCCUCACUGUCCCAUCUCCUGCCUGCCCUUGACCGCUUGGAGGGCUUACCCCCACAGCUGUGAGUCUCGUGAAGUGGCUGGGCCCAACAAACACUAGGGACAGGGAACCCUUUCCUGCCCGAGAUCUGGCCUUUGCCCCUCUCCCCACAGCCUUGAUAACACAUUCUGACUAUAAAGCAGUGAGUGCAGGGCUUUCAGCCCUGCCCCACUAACCAGCUCCUGGUCUCUGAGAUGAUUCAUUCAUCAUGUCUAUGUCCCUUUUCCACCACGAGUCCCCCUUACCUCCAACAAGAUUCACUGCGGGCCCAACUAGCUUCAAAGCCAGGUACUUUCAAAUUUUAUUUUAGCAGCAGGGCCCUUUUGUUAAUUGAGAUCUUAAUGUGGAACCCCAAUAUGCAAAACAGGAAAAAAACCAGAAACUGCUAGGGUUGAAGCAGAGGUCCUAGGGCCCUGAAGCCUCUGUGACACCACCCCCCACCCCAAAGGUCUGAGGUCAGAGGAGCUUCGUUUGAAAAUCGGUGCUAAGCUGUGCUGUAGGGACACGUCCUCUAGGACCACAUAGUCUACACCGGAGAUUUUAGAAAGGAACACCAUAAUUAGAGUCAUGAGAAGAAACUUGAUUUGUGCCUGCCAUGUGUUAGGUACUCUCCUAGUCGUUCAUGUGUACCUAGUGGGCAUAGGUAGUGUGACCUCCACUGUGCAAGGGAUUCAGAGGUUAAGUAGCCUGUCUCAGGUCACAGAUAGUGCAUGAGGGAGCCAGGGUUCCAAUUUAGGCCUGUCUGACUCCAAAGCCCAUUGGCUUCGUCACUAGGUUACAAGUAGAAAGGAAUCCAUGUCACAUGAGACGUGGUGCAGUGGAGAUCCUGGGAGAAUAGGGAAGGUGGCCUAAAGGACGUCAGUCUUGAAGGACACCCCAGUCAUAGGGGUUAGUGUGGGAUAGGAAAGCACAGGGACCAGAGCCCAAGGUGGGAGGAGUGUAGGGAAUAGGAAGAAUCACUGGCGAUUGAAGUAGGUUGGGCUUUUUAAAUUCCAUGUCUCUUCCUGCCUCUCUUCACACACCUCUCUUGGUUACUUGGUAUUUACUGGAUACCUCUAUGCCCUACCCAAUGCCAGGCACAGAGGAUACCAAAGGUGAAAAGCACAUAGGCACACAGCAUAUGUUCUGGUGCCAACAGCCAGGGAGGGCUCUGGAGUGGACCCUGAACGGGGGCUGGCAUUUAGAUGGGCAGAAGGAUAAGGGGCAUCCAUAGCAAUAGGCCUGUGGACUGGACUGAAGGCUGUGGUUAGAUUGGUGGUUCGGGGAGCAUGCCAUAGGGGCCUUCAGGUGCCAUGUAGAAGAAUCUCGGUGAGCCAGGGUUUUUCACAAAGACUGGCCCGGAAGGCAAGGAAGCUCUUCUCAGACAUCGUCCCGAAUGUCAGGCACUGAGGACAGGGGUAUGGGCUGCAACGGCCUCAGAAGUCAUCACAACCAGAAAAGUUGCCAGUAGGUCUGUGGACUGGAUUUAAUCCACCCACUGUUUCAAGUAUAUUAUUCAGCAAACUGAAGAGUGAGGAGGGCUCUGGCGCCCAUCUUUGAACCCAGGUGUCUGAAGUUGUAGGUAAGAUUGCCUUUGAACUGUGUUCCCUGAUGAAACAAAAAUGUUUCGGACCACUGUUCUAAUGUGACAACCUCAGAACAGGAAGGGACUUGCCCUUGGUCCCAGCAAUGCAGGGCACAGAACCAUCUCCGGGCCCUUCUCCACUGUGUACGCGUAUGCUGACCUGCUACCUGCUUCUAUCUGGGGGAAUGUGGAUGAGGGUGAGGAAGACAUGAUUUCCCAGCAAACAUCUCUAGCUCUGAGGUGCCACUUGGGGGGUUUGCCCAAUUACCAACAAAGAACAUGGAAGAAAAUCUUCAAUCUUUGAACUUUUAAUAAGUCCAUGUUCCCUAAGGCUGGCCCUUGUACUCCCUCGCUCUUUCUGGCCUGCAGCCCUCACCCCACGUCUCCACAUUAUGUCAGAAGGGGCCAUCAGGUGAGGUACUCAUUAGCUACAGUCGGGGGGAAAGUUCACCCGUUACCAUGGUGGGAUCGCCUCUGUCUUCUGAGUGCCCAGGCAGGACCUGGGGGGGAAGAUACAGCCCCCAGGCCAGAGUCCUCUGAAGAGCAGCCUGGCAGGAGUGCUAAAUCCCUUCCAUGUGUCCUUGUGUACUAGAAUAUUUUCUCUCUGUGCCAUGUUAUGAAAAGGACCGAGAAU